AUGGUAGAAGAUUUGAAAUUGAGAAGUAAACCGAGAACAAAUGCCAACAGACUCACCUGGUCAAGGCGUGACGUAGGAAAUAACUCCCCAAAGGAGCAACCAAAAAUUUGGGGCACUCACAAUGGUGCUGCCGACACCAACGGCGCUCAGACCAAACACGAAUCGCUCGGUAUGACUUCGGCCAUCAGUUUAGCGAAACCGAAACCGGAAGAUCUGCAGAAAACUGCCGAACUGGAAAAGGCUCUCGAACCGAACGGCGUGCUUGAGGAUGAAUCGAGCCAGAAUCACCGUCAGGAGAUUCUGGCCAAGCUGAACACUCUCGUUAAGCAUUGGGUACGAGAUGUGUCGAUUGCUAAAAAUGUGCCGAAGACAGUGGCCGAAAAGUUGGGUGCUAAGAUCUACACUUUCGGUUCGUACCGAUUGGGGGUUCACCACAAGGAUGCGGAUAUUGACGCGCUCUGUGUUGCGCCACGCAACAUUGAGCGGGCCGACUAUUUCGGAUCGUUUCUCAAAAUGUUAGAGAAACAACCGGAAGUGACUGAGUGCCGGGCCGUGGAAGAGGCUUUUGUACCCGUAAUUAAAAUGAGCUUCGAUGGAAUCGAGAUCGAUCUGCUGUUCGCUCGCCUAUCACUGCAGCAAAUUCCUGACAACUUAGAUUUGCGCGACAAUAUGCAUUUAAAAAAUUUGGACCCCAAAUCAGUGCGCAGUUUGAACGGGUGCCGAGUUACGGAUGAGAUUCUGCGGUUGGUUCCAAAUAUAGACAAUUUUCGUUUGGCACUGCGUGCCAUCAAGCUGUGGGCAAAAAAUCACGGCAUCUAUUCCAAUUCAUUGGGCUACUUCGGUGGUGUAUCAUGGGCUAUGCUGGUUGCCAGAACUUGUCAACUGUAUCCUAAUGCGGCCGCAGCCACUCUGGUGCAUAAAUUCUUCCUUGUGUUCUCCCACUGGGCGUGGCCCCAGCCAGUGCUGUUGAAACAACCGGAUAACUUCAGCCUUGGCUUCCAGGUAUGGGACCCUCAGGUGAAUCCACAGGAUCGGCUCCAUUUGAUGCCGAUCAUUACGCCUGUGUAUCCACAACAAAAUUCUACAUUCAACGUUUCCAGAUCGACACGAAAGGUGAUAAUGAACGAGAUUACCCAGGGUUUGCAGCUAACAGAAGAAAUUAUGGUCAACAAGGCUGCAUGGGACAAGCUAUUUGAAACGCCAAGUUUCUUUUACAAAUAUCGUCACUUUAUUGUGCUCUUGGUAACAACCAACAACGCAAACGAUCAUCUGGAAUGGUGCGGACUGGUCGAGUCCAGGAUUCGGCAUCUGAUUCUGAACCUGGAGCGCAAUCCACACAUCAAUUUAGCCCAAGUAAAUCCUAAAUGUUUUAAACAGUACGAGAACGCUCCGCAGGGCGCGAACGGACUGGCUAAGGAGCUAUGUACUUUAUGGUUUAUCGGCUUAGAGUUCGAAAAGUCUGAACAUUUAAAUGUUGACUUGACCGGGAGCAUUCAAAGUUUCACCGAUGCAGUACACAAACAUGCUGUCAACAUAAAGAUGCUCAAGAAUGGGAUGAAAUUCGAAGCUCGUUACGUCCGACGGAAGCAGUUAAGUGAGUAUUUGGAGCCGACCCUACUGAAGCGGGACAGAAAAAAUUCAGAUUCGGGCGUUGUGCUCGCCUUGAAUAAAUCGUUGACACAAAAUGGUGAAACUACUUCGACUAGUAAGCGCCGCUUGUCAGAGAUAGGACUGACGGCCACAGCGAUGAACAAGAAAGCAAGAAACGAUUCCGAUUCGAGCGAGUGA